AUGGAAUCACCAAACGAGACAAUUGAACUGUCCCACGAGUUCAACGCUCCCCCAGAUAAUGAAUCUAAUGCUGGCGUCAGCGUCGCAUUCCCCGAAGGGGGCAAAGACGCCUGGACAUGCCUCUUGGGCGCUGUUCUCCUCAUGUUCCCAUCAUUCGGCUUCCAGACCGCAGUCGGCUCCGUGCAAGACUACAUCAGCACGCACCAGCUAUCCGCCUACAGCGUGCGCGACGUCGGCUGGAUCACCGCCAUCCUCGUCUUCCUGACCCUCUUCCUCGGCGUGCAAGUCGGCCCCCUGUUCGACCGCUACGGCCCGCGCGCCCUGCUCCUCGGCGGCUCGCUCGCCAGCUUCGCCUCGUACAUGCUGCUCGCCCAGUGCACAGCAUACUGGCACUUCCUCCUCGCCCUCAGCCUCCUCGGCGGCGUGUCCGCCGCCAUCCUCUCCACCGUCGCCAUCAGCGUGCUCAGCCACUGGUUCGACCGCCGCCGCGCCCUCGCCUCGGGCAUCUGCAUGGCCGGCUCCUCCGCCGGCGGCGCCCUCAUCCCGCUCAUCCUGCGGUCCUCCUUCGCCGCGCACGGCUGGGCCUGGUCCAUGCGGCUAAUCGCCUUCAUCGCCCUGGCCGCCUACCUCCUCGGCAUCGUCCUCGUCAAGGGGCGCCUCCCGGCCAGCCCGCACCGCCGCGCAACCAUCGACCUCCGCGCGUUCCGCUCGCCGCGCCUGUGUUUCCUGGCGACGGGCGUGUUCGCCUUCGAGUUUAUCAUCUUCGGCUGCGCGGCGCUGCUCCCCACGUAUGUGCGGUACGCGGGGCUCCCCACGGACGUCCAGUUCUACGCGCUCACCGUGCUCAACGGCAUGAGUCUGCUGGGCCGCGUGCUGCCCGGCUUCGCGGCGGACCUCCUUGGCCGGUUUAAUAUCCUGCUUGCGCUGGUGGUGGCCACGCUGGUGGUGAUGGCGGCCGUGUGGCUGCCGAUCGGAUCGCGCGACGAGGCGACCCUGUAUGCCGUUGUUGCGGUGUUUGGCUUCGGGUCCGGCGGGUGGUUGUCGCUGGCGCCGGUGUGUGCGGGCCAGCUGUGCCGGGCGGAGGAGUACGGCCGGUUCUAUGGCACGGUGUACUGUGUUGCGGCGUUUGGGGUGCUGGUCACCGUGCCGGUUGGGGGGGAGCUGCUGCAGGCGACGACGCCGCAGGUGCUGGUGGGGUUUUAUUCGGCGGUGCUGGUGGUCGGGCUGGCGAGUGUUGUGUUGGCGCGGUGGGCGUUGUUGGAUUGGAAGUGGAGGUGGAGGGUGAAGGUGUAG